UUGAGAGUUCAGAUUACAUUUGAUGGAUUUCGGUUUUUUCCAUCAUCGUACCCGCUUUGCUGGAUCAAAGUACAACUGCUUUGGCUCUUUCUCCAGAUAACCAUGGCAGACCUUGGCAUCAAAGCAGGAGACAAGGUGCUGUUAGUGUGGACUCAGCCAUCGGCGCCAGAAGCUUUGAAACAGUAUGCAGACGACCUAGCUGCUGUGGUUGGUGGAAAUGGAAAAGUGGCGGUGGAGAACAUGGAGAGACUGUUGCUGUCCUCACAUGACACCUCCACGUACGACUGGGUGCUUUCUUGCCUUCUGGCUGACAGCUCCUCCAUCCACAGUUCAGAGAGUCUAGCGGAGAUGGUCAGAGUGCUCAAACCCGGUGGGAAGCUGGUCCUGGAUGAACCAGUUACAGGCACCGAAGCACAGAGUGUGAGGACUGCUGAGAAACUGGUGUCUGCUCUGAAGUUGUCUGGCUUCAUGGCAGUGACGGAGGCGAGUAUCAGUAAAGCCGAGCUUAGCGUCGAGGCAUUGAGCUCCCUCAGAACAGCCUCUGGUUACCAAGGAAACACCCUGUCGCGAGUCCGCUUGUCUGCCUCCAAACCAAACUACGAAGUGGGCUCAUCCAGCCAGAUCAAGCUGUCGUUUGGGAAAAAGAUGCCCAAGCCAGAGGAGAAACCAGCUCUGGAUCCCAACACUGUGAAGAUGUGGAUGCUGUCUGCCAACGACAUGAAUGACGAUGAUGUGGAUCUGUUGGACUCUGACGCUCUGCUGGAUGAAGAAGAUCUGAAGAAGCCAGAUGCUUCUUCUCUUAAAGCUCCGAGCUGCGGAGAAGGAGCGGCCAAGAAGAAGAAAGCCUGCAAGAACUGCACGUGUGGACUCGCUGAGGAGCUGGAGCAGGAGAGUAAAGGGAAGCAGACAGCUAACCUCCCCAAAUCCGCGUGUGGAAGCUGUUACCUCGGCGACGCAUUCCGGUGUGCCAGCUGUCCGUACCUGGGGAUGCCGGCGUUCAAACCAGGAGAGAAGAUCGUUCUGGAGAACAACACGCUGACGGACGCC